AUGACAACGAUAGAUAAUAAAAUUUUAACGUCAGCUAUUGAAACAUAUCGUCAUUAUGCUGGUCAACCAACAUUAUCUGAUAUUGAAUCUUGUCGUCAAGAUUCUAAUGAUGAAAUUCUUCAUUUAACACCUUAUUUUUCAACAAUGGAUCUUGUUAAAUUAGAAGAUUUAACUUAUACUCGUUCAUUUACAUAUUCAUUAAAAAAUCAUCAAUUAUUAUUUACAAGUAAUGUAACACCAAUUAAUAAAAAUAUUGUUCGUCGUCUUGCUUCACCUGAUAGUCAAUAUCUUGCUAUAGUAACAAAAGAAACCAAAGGUGAACAACAUUUACAUUAUGUACAAAUAUGGCAUGAUGAACAUUUAAUAUUUGGUUAUAAAAUAAAUGAUAGUAAAAUAUCACCACAUGGUAAAAUUUUACCUAAAAAUGAUUAUGGAAGUUUUUUUGAAUGGAGUCCAGAUUCACGUCGAUUAAUAUUUACAGCUGAAGAAAAACGUAAACCAUUAAAAUCUUAUUUUACAGCUGAAAAACUUGAUGAUAUUGGUGAACCUGCUAGUAUAUAUCGAGAAAAUUGGGGUGAACAAAUGGAAUUAUUUGAAACAUCAGUUGUAUGUAUAUUUGAUAUUGAUACAAAACAAGUUAAAUUAAUUGAAAAUCAACCAAAAGAUUUAUAUUUUGGUCAAUGUACAUGGACAACAAAUCCAGAUGAAAUUAUUUUAGUUGCAUUUCGUAUUGAACCAUAUCAAUUAGGUAUAAUUUUUUGUGAAAAUCGAUCAACUGCUUUAUUUAAAUGUAAUUGGCGUAAUCAUGAAUGGAUACAAUUAACAGAAUUUGAUCAAUUAUGUCGAUUAUAUCCACGACAUUUACCAAAAAAAGAUAAUGAAUUUAUUUAUCUUCAAUCGGAUGUUUAUCAUGCACAUGUACAAUGUCUUUAUGGAUCUAUUCCACUUCGAUGUUAUUCUUCGGAUGGACGAUAUCUUCUUCUUCCUUCAUUAUGUGGUUCACGAAAUGUUCUAUAUAUUUAUGAUUUUAUUGAACAAAAAAUCAUAUCUCUUGAUUCACCAUUAGGUGUUAAUACAUCCAUGAUUGGUCUAGCUGUAUUUGGUCAUUAUGUUGCAGUUAAUAUUGUUGAUUGUCGUACACCAUUUCGAUUGUAUGUAUUCGAUUUACGAAUAUUAAAUAAGAAAGAUAAAGAUACUAAUGAUUGGCAUUUAAUUGUUGAACAUGAAUUUAAAAAAGAAGAAAAAAAUAAAAUUGAAUGGAAUCUUGAUCGAUUCUUUCCUGAUAAUGAAUCAAUUCCUGUUGAAUCGAUUUAUGUUCAUGUACAUGAUACACAAUCAAAACGACCAUUAAUGGUAUUAAUACAUGGUGGACCAAAUUCAACUGUGACUUUGAAUUAUUAUAUUGGUGUUGUUGCAUAUAUUUCAUUAGGUUUUGAUAUGCUUAUUGUUAAUUAUCGAGGUUCAGUUGGUUUUGGACAAGCUUCAAUUGAUAAGUUAUUGGGUAAUAUAUCAAAAAUUGAUGUUCAAGAUUGUCAUGAAGCUAUAUGUCGUUGUCUCGAAUAUACAGAACCAAGUCGACCAGUUGUACUUAUAGGUGGAUCUCAUGCAGGUGUUAUUAUUGGUCGUCUUAUUGGAGAAUAUCCAAAUGAAUAUACAGUUGCUAUCUUACGAAAUCCAGUUACUGAUCUUCUUCAUACUUAUCUUACAUCGGAUAUACCUGAUUGGGCUCUAGCUCAAUCUGUCAAUGGACAAUUUGAUUUUGAAACAGGACGUAAUCGUUUGGCAGAUACAUCACUAGUUACAUAUCUUAUCGAAAGAUCAUCGAUACGUCUUAUCGAUCAAAUUAAAACACCAGUUUUAUUACAAUUAGGCAAAAAAGAUAAACGUGUACCAUGUAGUAUUGGUUUACGUUAUUAUGAAUGUUUGAAAGCCAACAAAAUUCCAACAAAAUUAUAUAUUUAUGAUAGUAAUCAUGCACUUAGUGAAACAUCAUGUGCUAGUGAUUGCUUUGUUAAUACAGUUCUUUUUAUUCAUGAACAUUUAAAGUUAUCAUCAUAA